CUGAAUCUGAAAUUUAGUUCAAUGUAAAGCCCAUAAUUUUUAUAAUCACAGUCAACAAUUUUACUUCGUCUUUUCUUUGAUUGGUUCAUUUUUUUCAUCUUGAUUGACGAGCGUAAACCCCUUUCCUUAGAAGUAGAUUUUGAGUAAAUUGGAGCAGAACACUCAACGAUCACCCUCUUUAUUCUCUAACACUCGUCCUAUUGCAGUAGCAGAAAGUUUUUACACGUGCGCAAGAAGUGUCUGUGUCAGAGUAAGUACUUGUUACAUUGCUGACAAAUCACCCAAGAUGUUCGCCCUUCACUGUCGUCUGGCCGCGGUCUGCGCCGCUGUUUCCGCUCUGGGCCUGUUUGCUGAUGCGAAGUUUUUGGGCAAGCACGACGAAAACAAUGUAACUCUAACUGCGGUUAGUGGUGAUGAUGAAGAGAAAAAGGAGCGCAAACGGCCCCUGUUGGGCGGGACCGGCGGCGUGCAAAAGCAAAAAAAGCUCAAGCUACAGCAAGUAACCGCGGACAAUGAUGAUGAAGACGGUUCUGCUAGUAAUGGAGCUAACAAUGCCAAUCAGGUUUCCCUCACCGCCGCAGCGCCACAUGAAGCGGCGGACGACAACAACGCUGUGUCUACCUCUGACUCUGAUGAAAAUGAAGGAGGCGAUGAAGAGGACGCUGUAGUUGCAGCUCAGCGUGUGUCUACCUCUGACUCUGGCGAAAAUGAAGGAGGCGAAGAGGUCGAGAAGAAGCAUAAGAAACCGCACAAGCACCACAACAUGAAGGGGAAGAAGCACGGAGGUAAAAAUAACUACCAUGGCCACAACAAGCAUCCUCGCCAUCACAAGAACAAGAAGCUGCACCACGGCAAGAACAAGAACAAGAAGGGUCGCAAGCAGGCGGCCGCAGACGAUAAUGUUGAGGAAAUGACGGCUGGCGCUGCUGAACCUGAAGAACAGAAUGCCGCUUCUUCCGCCGAGGUUGGUGAAGCCACGACCAAAAAGAGUGCAGGAGAAAAAGGUAAUGAAGGUCAGGGGGCGCUGGAAGUGGCGGUGCAGGACGGGAAGACAAGGAAGCAUCAUCAUGGGAAGAACACGAAGCAUCAUGACAAAGAGCAUCAUGGCAAGCGCAAGAAGCAUCAUGGCAAGAACAAGCAUCAUGGCGAGAAGCAUCAUGGCAAGAAGCAUCAUGGCGAGAAGUACGGCGACCACGAGCACGACGAUGAGGAUCAAAUGGCACUGAAUGAAAAUGCCCCCAGCAAUGAGGUCGAGCCUGCUACAGGUGCUGGUAACAACAAAGCGUCCAAGAAGAAGGACAACAACAAGGACAACAGCAGCACUGACAGCAUUAUGGAUGAAUAAGUGAAUCAAAUCGCUUCUGCUCGCUGUGGUGCAGGAGCCAUUUGCUGGUUGUGAGGAGCCACUGCUGGGCCGGGAUUCUAGUACCCGCGCUGUAUCGAAGUACAUUGUCCUUCCAGGGGAGAAAAAGAAAUCACGGUCAAAACUAGAAGUAGAGCAUCAGCAGUGCUAUUUCAUACAGCUAUACCUGAGAAGAAAAACUUGUGGAAGCGUUUGUUUUCAUCAAUUACGCUGAAAUAACUACCCAUUUGAAGAUGACAAUGACGUAUAAGAACGACAACUUGGCUGAACUGCAUUAAGUUCGAAAGUAUGUAUGAUGACGGAACAACUGAUCUGUAAAAACAAGUGAGGGUCACCAUUGUAUCUGAAAAAGUUACGGUGGAAGAAGAAGAUCCGACUCUAUCAUGGUGCGAUCUGGCAAAGUUGUGCGAUCUAGCAAAGCCGGAAGCUGCAAGAAGGAUUUUGUCGUAUUUUUCUUUACUACAAUAGAAGGAUGCGAUUGGGGGUAGAUAAAACGAGCAGCUGCGCAGUGUGCUGGAAGUUGUUUUCUGCUACUAGUAGCGCUGUUGUGGUCUCUUUUAGAGGUAGAGGUUCCAAGUUUUUUGAUUUUGAAAACUCUAGUAUUCCUCGAAAACUCGGAAUAGGUGGAAGGCAAGAACUGGACCGCACGGCUUAGCCGCUUCUAAAAACUAAACAACUGUUGUAAGUAGAAGAAAUGUAGGACCUGAAUUCCAGGUGCUAUGAUUCCUGAAAAAUUGCCAG